AUGUCCAGCUUUCCCCUAGCAUAUCCGGCGUGGUACAAAAAUGAUAAGCUGAUAGAGAGCCAGCCCGGAGACAGAGUUACUAUUUACAACCGCACCAGUGGCAAGAGGCUGCUCAUCAAAGAAACUCUCCUAGAAGACCAGGCCACGUACAAAUGUGAGGUAGACAACGGUGUUGGCCAGAAACAGUCGCAUAGCACGAAAUUAACUGUUGUCAGCGCUCCAAAAUUCGUCCAAAAACCUGAAAAACAAUUGGAUGUCAAAGAAACUCAUGACAUCGAAGUACCGUGCAAAGUAAGCGGGCUCCCAGAACCCAAGAUCACUUGGACUUAUAACGGCAAGCCUCUUGAAAGCCACCAAUACAAAGAUGGCGUCCUCCCAAUAGCCAAAGUACAGAAGACUCAAACUGGCUACUACGGCUGCAAGGCUGAGAAUGAAUAUGGACUCAUUUAUGCCGAAACACUAGUCAACGUGGUAUAA